AUGCCACAAAAAAAGGACACUAAAAAUAUUAUACAAUCACAUCUUACACUUAUUGAUGAAACAGGAGCACGUUUUGAUAUGUCUGCUAGCACAGAAUCUUUGGUCCCAAAAUCAUCUGUCAAGUCUCGAAUUAGCAGUUCUAGGCAGUCUUUAUCUGGUUCAAGUAGAUUAAGCUUGAUUGCCCCUAAGAAUAAAGAUGAUACAUUUACUUCACCAGUUUCUCGUACUUCUUCUCAGUCAUCAUUGGUUGGUACAAGCCGUACACCAUCGCAGUCAUCAAUUGUUCUUCCUUCUCGUACUUCAUCACAGUCUUCAAUGCCCGCACCAUCACGUACAUUGUCACAAACAUCUCUUGCUGGAAUGGACUCAACACCUAAACGUUCUUCUUUUGUUGAGCGAACACCCAGCAAUGAAAAGACAAGUCGAAUGUCUAAACUUAUAUCGCCAAAAGUGAAAUCGGCUGUUAAAACGCCAAUGACAAAAUCAUUGACGUCAUUAAAAGAUGUGUCUAACUCUGAAACUGAAUUUGUUGAAGCCCUCAAACCACAUUAUACACCCGGAUCUUCUGUUGCGCCAAGUACAACUACCCCUACACAAAGACCAUCUUCUAGUAUGGCUGAUGCGGUUGAAAUCCAAAAUCUAAAGGACCAAGUACAAGACUAUACUGAAAAGUUGGACGUAGUCAAAACAAGGUUAAAAGAAAAAUCUCAUGAUAUUGAUAUGAUGAAAUUGCAGCUGGAUCAAGCUGCAGAAUUUAAAAUUAAAAUUAUGGAAUCUCAUUCAGCAUUAAAAAAAGAAUUAGAAAAAGUUAAAAUGGAGAAACAAGAUGCAUUAGAAGGAAAAGACGAGUAUAAUGAAAUGGCAGAGACUUUGGAAAUGGCAACUCUUGAUAAAGAAAUGGCCGAAGUUAAAGCAGAAACACUUCAAUUAGAAUUAGAUCAAGCAAAAGAGCGUAUUGAGGAAUUAACAGUAGAUUUAGAACUCUUAAAGGCUGAGUUUGAGAAAGGAAAUGAAAGUGAAGAGGGAGGAGAUGGUGCCAAUUCUUUCAAAGUCAAGCAACUUGAACAACAAAAUUUACGUCUUAGAGAUACACUUGUCAAAUUACGAGACUUAUCCGCCCACGAGAAACACCAAACACAAAACUUACAAAGAGAAAUCGAAGAAAAGACCAAACAAUGUAAUGAUUUACAAAAGUCUAAUGAAAAGUUAACUGCUAGAGUUGAAGAACUAGCAUCUCAAGUUAAUGAUUUGCAUGAACAGGUAGAUGCAGCUUUAGGAGCAGAGGAAUUAGUUGAGCUUCUGGGUCAACAAAAAUUGAAUUUGGAAGAUAAAGUGGUAGAAUUAGAAGAAGCAGUGACUGAUCUAGAAGCGAUACAAGAUAUUAAUGAUCAACUCCAAGAGGACAGUAGAGAGUUGGAAAUGCAAUUACGUGAAGAAUUAGAUAUGGCAAAUGCUAAUAUUAGAGAGUGUGUCAAAGAAAAAGAACGAGCAUUGGAAAGUUUAGCUGAUCGGAGUUUGGUUAUUGUAAAAUUUAGAGAUCUGAGUUAUUUAGGCAGUGAUGCGGUCAGUCACAGUGAACUAAGACAUGAUAUAGAAAGUUGUAUUGAUAUGAAAUCAGUUCUAAAAGAGGUGUAUAAAACUCUCUGGAAGCUCAAGUAA